AUGGGUAUUUUUCGGAUGCAGGAAAUUACUAAUCAAGAAAAAGUUGAAGUUGAUGAGUACAAAGAGAGAAUUAGGAAAAUAAUGGUGGAAGCUCGCGAGGGUAGUCUACAAAAACUUGUGUUGAUAGACGCAAUUCAACGAUUGGGAGUGGCAUAUCAUUUCCAUAAUGAAAUUGAAACACUCAUUCAAAACAUUUUUGAUGCGUCCCAACAGAAUGAUGACAACCUUCACAUGAAAAAGUUGGUGAGAGCCUAUUUUAAGGAAGCCCAAUGGUUGAACGAUGAUAACCAUAUUCCAAAAUAUGAGGAACACAUGAAGAAUUCACUCGUAAGCGCUGGUUAUCUGAUGGGAUCAACCACUUGCUUGGUCGGUAUGGAGGAAUUUAUAUCCAAAGAGUCUUUUGAAUGGUUAAUGAAUGGUCCUUCGAUAGUUCGAGCUUCCUCAUUGAUUGACAGAGUAAUGGACGAUAUUGUUGGACAUGAAGAAAUUACUAAUCAAGAAAAAGUUGAAGUUGAUGAGUACAAAGAGAGAAUUAGGAAAAUAAUGGUGGAAGCUCGCGAGGGUAGUCUACAAAAACUUGUGUUGAUAGACGCAAUUCAACGAUUGGGAGUGGCAUAUCAUUUCCAUAAUGAAAUUGAAACACUCAUUCAAAACAUUUUUGAUGCGUCCCAACAGAAUGAUGACAACCUUCACAUGAAAAAGUUGGUGAGAGCCUAUUUUAAGGAAGCCCAAUGGUUGAACGAUGAUAACCAUAUUCCAAAAUAUGAGGAACACAUGAAGAAUUCACUCGUAAGCGCUGGUUAUCUGAUGGGAUCAACCACUUGCUUGGUCGGUAUGGAGGAAUUUAUAUCCAAAGAGUCUUUUGAAUGGUUAAUGAAUGGUCCUUCGAUAGUUCGAGCUUCCUCAUUGAUUGACAGAGUAAUGGACGAUAUUGUUGGACAUGAAGUAAGUAUAAUAAUAUAA